AUGUCAGGGAAAAAGAGGAGGAAGUUGAAACUGUUAAGUGAUACUAUCGCAAACAGCAAAAGAGGAGCAACAGAGGUGAAAAAUGAUUAUUUGGAGUUGCAAACAUGGUCUGAUCUCCCUGCGGAGCUUUUAGAAAUAAUCAUGUGUAGUUUAGCCCUGGACGACAAUGUUCGUGCGUCAGUGGUUUGCAAGAGUUGGAAUUCUGUUGCCAAUGCUGUACGUGUGGUUAACCAAUCACCGUGGUUAAUGUAUUUUCCGAAAUUUGGUCAGUGCUAUGAAUUCUAUGAUCCUGUGCAGCGGAAGACUUAUUCUCUGGAGUUUUCAGAGCUGAAUGGAUCUAGAGUUUGUUAUACAAAGGAUGGUUGGUUACUGCUAUACCGGCCAAGAACGGACCGAGUGUUUUUCUUUAAUCCCUUUACUCGGGAGGUUAUCAAAAUGCCAAGAUUUGAGAUGACAUACCAGAUAGUUGCUUUCUCUUGUGCUCCAACAUCACCUGACUGCGUGCUGUUCACUGUUAAGCAUGUUAGUCCUACUGUUGUCGCCAUCAGCACAUGUCACCCUGGGGCAACUGAGUGGACCACUGUUAAUUACCAAAACCGCUUGCCCUUUGUCAGUAGCAUAUGGAAUAAGCUUGUGUUUUGUAAUGGACUUUUUUAUUGCCUGAGUUUAACAGGUUGGCUAGGAGUAUUUGAUCCAUCUGAACGGACUUGGAGUGUUCUAUCAGUACCACCACCCAAAUGCCCAGAGAAUUUUUUUGCCAAAAAUUGGUGGAAGGGGAAAUUUAUGACCGAGCAAGAAGGAGAUGUUAUAGUAAUUUAUACAUGUUCUAGUGAAAACCCUAUUAUUUUCAAAUUAGAUCAGACAUUAAUGGAAUGGGAAGAGCUAAAAACACUAGAUGGAGCAACUCUUUUUGCUAGUUUCUUGUCUUCUCAUUCAAGGACUGACCUCUCUGGAAUAAUGAGGAACAGUAUCUACUUUUCUAAAGUUCGUUUUUAUGGAAAGCGUUGUGUAUCAUUCUCUCUUGAUGACUAUCGAUACUAUCCUCGUAAGCAGUGGCAUGACUGGGGUGAACAAGACCCUUUUGAAAGCAUAUGGAUUGAACCACCAAAGGACUUCUCCGGAUUCACAUGA